AUUGGCAUGGCCAUUUGUGGAAUUUUGCGCUUGUCAAAGCAAAAUUGUUAUAAUCAUAUUUGUGUACAUCAGUAGUGUGUUUUACUACAGGUUUCAUUUUUCCAAAGACUGUUGUUGGUGACACUUCCUUGAAUUUACCUUGAAAUAUUACAUAUCUGGUCACUGGAUAAAUUUGUUUUGUCUACCACUAUUUUAUCAUUAAUAUAGUAUUACGUAAAAGAAAACAAAAAUAAAAACUGUGGAAGUUAUUUGCUAGAGAAUUUGUUUUAAAAUGGCACGAGGAAGGAAAAAGAAGCAGGUAAAGAAACCUCAGACGUCCGUUGCUUUGAAAGUGAAAAAGGAUAAGGUGGUUGAAAAGCCUGAACCCAGCAGUGCUAAAAAGGAAGAGCCGGUGACACCGGUUGCUGUAAAACCACAGAAAGCAGAUCAGAAACCCACUCAGGUCGUUCAGAAGAAGCCGUCCCAGUCGGUGACAACCCCGAGAGCGUCCCCGAAGAAACUUCCGAAAUCAGACAUUCCACUCAAUCUACCACCAGGUGUGUUUCCCAAAUUCUACAGCAACCGAUCGACGACAAAUCUGCUGUGGUCGUGUGAGAAGUGUACAAAGACGUUCACGUUCCAGUCCCGGCUGAAGAAACACAUGAAGUCUCACGACGAAUCUCGCCCCUUCGUCUGCAAGGAGUGCGGGAUGGGCUUUAAGAGUCUGAACGCUCUGAGCUCCCACUCGAAGAGCCACAGUGGAGAUCUGCCACACAAGUGCGACAUCUGUGACGAGAAAUUCAAGUUCCUCUUUGAUCUUCAGUCGCACGUUAUGAACCAUCCAGACGGAGAAGUUUUCCGCUGUGAGAUCUGCGGAAAGGUGUUUCUGAAGCUGCUGCUCUAUGACGCCCACAUGCGCCGACACGCCACACAGACCCCGUUCUGGUGCCAGCUCUGUGGGCGGGGCUUACAGAGCGACAUUUCUCAUGAGCGACACAUUGCCGCUCACGUCGAAGAAUAUGUUGAGAAAAAGAAGGUCGACAGCAAAAGCAUGACGGAAGAACAGCAGAAAAACUCGGCUCCUCCAGACACCUGUGCUCUGUGCGGGGCGAAAUUCCCCAUUCUGGCGCAGUACGAGCGUCAUCUGACGACACAUUUGGACGAGGUCGACAGUGGAUGCAAGUUGUGUGGAGAGAAGUUUGCCUUCGAUGACGUGCUGGCGAAACACGAAGCCUACGCCCACUCGUGCAGCUACCGGGCGUUCGCCUGUCAUCUCUGCGAGCGAUCGUUCACGUUCAAGCACAACUUGACUGUCCACUUGCGCGUUCACACCGGCGAGAGACCUCACACCUGUAAUGAAUGUGGGAAGAAAUUCAAGUCCGCAUGUGCGGUAAAACGACAUUUUAGAAUUCACAUGGGCGAGAAGCAGUAUGUGUGUGAGUACUGUAACCGCGGCUUCAGUCAGUCAAACUCUCUGAAGAUUCACCUGCGCACACACACCGGGGAGAAACCGUUCAGGUGUGACGUGUGUGGCAAGUCAUACCCCGCUUCCAGCUCGCUGUCGUCACACAUGAUGACACACAGCCAGCAGAAACAGUUCAAGUGUGGCGAGUGCGGGCGCCGAUUCACCUUCGCCUUCGACCUCAAGAAACACAUGAGAAUUCACACCGGGGAGAAACCGUUCAAGUGCGACUACUGUCCACGGAGAUUCACGUCCUCUAGCAACAGGAUGGAGCACAUCCGGACGCACAUCAACCCGGGAGAGAAGCGAUACCAGUGUUCGUACUGCUCGCAGCGCUUCGCACACAGCUCCAGCCUCAACAAACACGUCAAAACGAAACACUCGUACGAGCGCGCCGAAGACAGAGAACUUGAGGAAUCGGAAUCGGCAAAUGAAAAAAUCUCUGAAAAUAACUUGAACAUAAACCCCGGCGACUCAUCCAUUCAAGUGAGCAUCAUCAUGGACGGAGAGGAGAUCUCAGACAUCAUGGUGGACGGAGAGACGGGUGGAACAAUUCUACGUGAGGUGGAGGCGUCAGACAUGUAGAACACCUGACUGGGGGGGGGGGGGGGGGGGGGGGGGGGGUGUUCUAGGGGAGGAGAUAUCAGACAUGGUGGACGGGGAGACUAGCGGAACGAUUCUACGUUAUGUGGAGGCCAUUCAUCAGUCACUUAGUACUCGUAAUGGAGGUCGGGGAAUCGUGACGUGAUGCAGAACAUUACAAGGGUCCAACAGAAAACACCUACAAUGUGAAUUUUAUCCGAUUUCCGCUUUCUUUGUGUAAAAUGAAUUAAUGUUUUUUCAACUCACAUUCGGAAAAAUUGUCAUUAUUUUGAGGUCAAGUUAAGUAUUUAUGAAAAGAGAACAUUAUGAAAAGUGAAAAGACAAAAUAGACUGGAUUUGACAGGAAAUGCUGGAAAAUUACUUUUGUAUAUGUAUUAUAUAGUGUGUAGGGGAGUUUACAUGGGUCACUUACGUUGCCUCAAUCCUUGAUUGGUUGGGCACCUCUGUAGGAUGUGUUAAUAAAAGCUUUGCGUUAUUUUACAAGCAGGAAUGGUCUUAGCUUUAUAAAUUUAUAGUGUGAAAAAGAGAAGAAGAAAAAUGGCCAGAUUUUGUAUUACCUAAUUGUUUAAACAGACCCUUGUUGCACUUAAAAGUUAUUGGGGGUUUUUCAUUGUAGGGUGGGGGGUUUUCAGGAUUUGUUAAGAUGGUGUAAUCUGUAUAUUUUGUGAUUCAUUGGGCUAUUUCUCCUUCCAGCCAGUGCAUCAUGACUUGUAUAUCAAAGGCUGUGGUAUGUGCUAUCCUGUCUGUGAGAUAGUGCAUAUAAAAGAUACCUUGCUACUAAUGGAAAAAUGUAGUGGGUUUCCUAUCUAAGACUAUACAUCAAAAUUACCAAAUAUUUGACAUCCAUUAGCCGAUAAGUCAGUGUGCUCUAGUGGUGUCAUUAAACAAAACAGAUGUUUUCUUCCAUCUCGUAAUCUUACACUUUUAAGUCAAAAUUUUGGAUUCACUGAAUCAAGCUGAAUUUGCAACCUGUUUAAUUUAUACAUGUAUGUCCUAUGUACCAUCUAAUAUUUCGCAACCUCAAGAUUAAAUCAUGAGUGGUUAAUAGCCUCUUUUUUUGUGUGUGUGCUGGAAUAUUGUUGAACAUUUCAUUCAUUCAGCAUAUGUAAAUAUCUUUAUAUCUAUUGGUUUCCAUUUUUAAAACUAUAACUUUCCAUUUACUGUCUAGAAGUAGAAGGGAAGUUGUAGCCGUAGAUUAGCUGUUAGCUAUACAUCAUAACUGUAAAUUAAUGUGCCAUUUAACAUGUUUUGCAGAAUACGUAUAAAAUGUAGUGACUUUGGCAUCAUGGGAUGUUAGCUUAUUGUAUGCCUUGUUAAAGGGACACACCCUAGUUUUUAAACACUAAGAUAUAUUUUUCACCUAGACCCUAGUUUCAACCCGUAAAAGUGGAAACUAAGUUUGGUUAAUUUACAAACCUUUAACAAAUUUUGAUAGAAAACCGUGAAACAAGAGUGUGUGAUGUUGAAAUACCUUAGAAAUAGACUACAACGCGACUCCAUAAUCGUUACUUCUCAGAAGCAUGUGUGUUUUUAAAAAUAUGAAAAAUGCAUUUUGUGGUAUUAGAAACACCAGGAUGACC